AUGGCGACCAAUUCGAGCGCGAGGUGCAAUCUUGUUUUGACGACUUUUUCAAUAUGGGCCGAAAUCUGUGACGUAAAUACGCGUUCCUCUGGGUUACGAGAUCCUCUUCCUGUGACCGUCCACCCUCCUACCCCUCCUAACUCCGUCCCUUCCCUGUAUCAACGACGGGUGUUUCAUUCCAAGGACUAUCUCAGCCUUACAAAUGUUCGCCAGAACGACGUAGCACCAGAUGGAGGAGCAGACGAUGGUCCUCUAAUCGAUGGGGUGUGGCAUACCCCUCAUGCACAGGAGGAUCUUUGGAACGUUCUAUUCUCCGCGUGGUUCAACCCAACAUCCGCUGCUUUGAACGAUACCGUGUGGACAAACAACAUCAAAAACGAGUAUAAUGGGGAGGCUGGGACGCUCUGGAGAGAGAUCAAGGUAACGAUGAUCUCGAAACCACGCGUUGCUGAAAAUUCGGUGUUUGAACAUCGAUCUUCCACGGCGGAAUUUUACGAAACGGCGGGUACCAAGACGAAACUCUUCUCUACAUCUACCGAGGACUUGCAAGCUAUCCAGCAGAACGGUAUCUUCUGGCUCGUACGGUAA